UAUGUAUAUAUAAUGCAUGUAUGCAUGCAUAAAUAGUUAUAUAUUUUAUAUAAAUAUAUAGAAAGGUAACUCGAUAAGAAGAUUGAUAUAAGACGAAUUUUCAAAUCAUUUUUAUUCUAGUGAAAACAAAUACUGUUUUUAAAUUUUAUAAUUUAAAAAAGCAAAUAUUUCAAAUAAUAUAGAUUUUUAUUCGUUUUUAUUUAUUGCGUGUAAUAAAUAAUACAGCAAUAAUAAGUGAUUUUAUUGAAAAAAGUUUAUCUACAUUAAUUUGCUUAUCUUUCUAGUUUAGUUCUUAGUCUACGAUUAUAAAAGAUUACAUUACGAUAAUAAUAAAGUAACGAAUACAAUAUGUAACAUAUCGAAAGUUGUAUAAAUGAUUAAUAACAACAUUAAUACAAUGAAAGAUUUUUAUAUCUAAAUGAAAUAAAAAAAAAUAAAUAAACUAAUAAGUAAAUAAUUUAUUCUCACUCUAAUAAGAAGAUAAAUAUUAAGAAGACAUAUAUUCGAUUUAAUCAAAGAAAAUAACAUCAAAUAAAUAUGGAGAAAAAACAUGGUUCUGAUGUAGUGGAAGAUGAAGAACUAGAAGAAUCAGAAAAUAUAAUUAUAAAUGAAGUUGAUGGAUUACCAAAUUUACAUCCUAAUUAUCAACAAUUAGAAUUAGAAUUUGACAUAGAAAAAAGUCGUUCUGAUACAAGAUCUAUUGAAGAUUUAGUACGUGAUGAAGAUUUACCAACAUCAGUCAUUGUAACUAACGUAGAUCCCAGAGUUUUUAAAAGUGAUGAAUUAAAGCAUGAAAUACAGGAUCUUUUCAAGCAAUUUGGGAAAGAUGCUACAUUUCAAUAUUUUAGAUCCUUUAGAAGAAUGAGAGUGAAUUAUAGUUCUCCAAAUGCAGCAGCAAAUGCUAGGAUACAAUUGCACCAAACUCAUUUUGGUGAAACUAAUAUCAAUUGUUAUUUUGCACAACCUGUUACUCCAAUAGAUGUAGAAGAUCAACAUCUUCAACCACCAGCACUUACUAAACAGUUCCUAAUUUCACCACCUGCUUCACCACCUAUUGGAUGGGAGCCCAGAGAGGAAAAUGAACCUUUAGUUAAUCAUGACUUAUUAGCAGCUAUAGCAAAUUUAUCUGCAGGAGGUAGUCACGAAUUACAUCCUGGGGGUUCAGGACAACCUGGCAUAGUUGUACAUGUUUGUGAAACAACAAAUCCUAUAAAAAAUGUUCCACGUAUUCAACAUACGCGUUGUCCAGAACAUUCAUAAACAACUCGAUUAGAAAUUGUCCAUCUUUGCAAAUAAAAUGAAUUAUUUAUCCAUCCAAGAAGCAAUUAGAGGCAUUACAAAUAAUGAUAUUCAACAAUUUUGUAUUGCAAUAUUGCAAAAUUGAUACUUUAAUUUAUGAUUAUAAACUCACAGGAAAUAAUCUGUAAAUGUGUUUUGCUCAGACAAAUAUAUGUGAGUAUUUAAGAUAAAAUAAAAAUAUAUAAUAAAUAUUUUAUCACAAAAGUUGUUUUUGUUUUCAGAUAAAUAAUAUUUUAUGCAGAUAUUACAAACAAAUAAAAAAUACGUGAUAUAAUGACAUAAUUUAAAAAUCAUCGAAUAUUUAAUAACGUACAAAUAAAAAAUUACAUAAAAAUCUACAUGUUUCGAAAUAACUUUAUAUUCUUAUCCUCUUUUAAUUUAAAAACAUAUUUUAAAAUAUUGUUAGCUGCUUACUUACAAUUAUAAAAAUUAAUAAAAUUAAUAUUAAAAUAUCAAAAAUAAAAAUAUCGAAUUAUCGCUAUUAAAAUUUUACUCAAAGUAUCAAUGUUAUAAAUACUUUUAAAAAAAAUAUAUAAAAUUUAUGAUCAUAGAAAAAAGACAAAUAGAAUUAAAAUCUUGAUAUAAUUAUCUCAGAAUUUCAAAUAAGAUUAACAUAAAAAGUAUCAUUUGUUACAAAGUGAAUGUGUGUGAUAAGUUUAAAGAAAGUUAUGAACAUUGAUGUAUAUUUAAUGUACAUAUAUAUAUUGUUAUAAAAGUGUAUUAUGCAAACACAUGAGAAGUGGUAUUAGUGAUAUUAUUUCAUGUCAUAUUUUAAUUAAUCAAUAUGAAAAUUAGAAAAUGAUUUUUUUCAUUAUUUUAACAAAAAAACUAUUUUAACUACUUUAAACUUUUAGAAUAUAUAUAAUUAAUAAAGUUAAACUUAUAAUUACCGUUGUUAUUUUGAAAAAAAUUGUUUGCAAAUAAAUCUAUAUUCAAAAUAUAUGCCUUUAUUUUGUAAUUAUGGUUAUUUAUACAUACUAUGUGUAUAUGUGUGUGUGUGCGCGCGCGCGUGUAAUGUAAUGUAUAUAGUGUUCUCUCUUAUAUAAAAUAUAUUUCAUAUUGAUGUAAGAUUUAAUCUAAUAUAGAUUUGUUGACAAUUUAUAUGUUACAGCAAAUUACUUUUGUGUGAAUAAAUAUGUUAUUUAAAACUCAA